ACAAAUGGCAGGCACGUAAACAAAGAUUUAAAUUCCAACAACAACAGUCUUCCACUUUGGCAAGUAGGCCUAUCCUUCCUAUUGUUGAAAUGGACAACGCAGACGAGGGGGAGGGGACCACAGUGGAUGGAGUCUCCAGUGGUCGGAGAUUACGAACACGGAUUUCCAAAGUGGAGAACGAGAAGGAUGUGUCAGAGAGUGGCAGAGGUCGAGGUAAACAGAAGAAGAGGAAGGCAGAUGUAAACAUUGAAAGUCUGUAUUUGCAAGAAAAUAAUAGAGAAGUUUGUCCAACGCCUCUGGAAACUAUUUACGAGACGCCUCAGAAGCAGCGUAAAAGUGGACAGAGGAAGGGCAGUGCAGGCGGAAGAAUUAGUGAAGAAGAGGAGUCAAGACCAUUGGGUGUGAGAAGCAGUGAUGACUUACCAACAAGUACAGUAAUGAGUGGGAAGAAAAUAAAGCGUUUGUGUAUGUUUGCAAGCCACUACUACCCGACGAAGCAGAAAGUGCGCCUGAGAAAGGACCGUGCCAGGAAGUUGAAUAAACUUAAAGGUGUUAAAAUUCCUAAAGGCUCAGCAGUGACUGUCCAAGAUGUCAAGGAAGUCUUAGCCAAAUUGUCUGAUGAAGAAUCAGAGCAAAAUGAGAAUAAUCAAAAUACCAAUAACUACAGUGUUUUGGGCAUGAACUCUUCAGUUAGCUUUUACGUUGGAAAUAUAAUUAGACCAGACACAAACGAUGAAAAAUUUCAAGGUAUGAUUGAGGACCUGCAAGCACUUCAGUUUAACCUACCCAAGGAGAGCAUUGCCGAGGAGAAUCCAACCAGUGAGGGAACAGACCCAGUAUUAGCAGCACUCUAUAAUCUAGAUGACCCUAUUCCGUUCUUAGAUGAUAUUCCCAAGGCAAAACCAAGCUCCCAGUCUCGGGAGAAGAAGGCAAGGAGACGAUCCAGCAAAUUGUCAGGAUGCCUUCUCCCUUCUCUAGACAGGGAGACCACGGAGCAGUCCACAUCAUCUGCGAAGAGUGGUGAGCUGUUGCCAAAUACCUUAGACUCUAGACUUACAGAUACAGAUCAUAUUCCAGGAAGUAUGACUGAGACAGCAUUGAAUCAGAUCACAGAAUAUUGUGCCUCAGAUAUAGAUGUUGCUUCAACAGAUACAGUCAAAGAAGAGACCAGUGCUUUAAGAUGUGGAAACAAAAGGAGGAAAACAACAAAGGAGAGGCCUCUGAGAUCAACAGGCUUGACAAAAAGAGAAAGUGAAGUAUCAGAUUCAGAACUUGUGAAAAAGAUGAGAGGGAGUACAAGUGCUAAUAAGAAUGACGGUGAAGUUCAUGAAUGUACAGAAUCACCAGAUUUCUCAUGUAAAGGAGCUGAGCUGAAAUUUGAGGUACCAGCACUGGCAGCCUCAUCAGAUGUACUUGGCAAUGUCUUUAGUGAAAAUGACUUACCAAGUCCCACAGAUUUUAAGCCUAGAGUGACAAGAGGAAGAGGAAUAAAGCGGCAGCGAGGCAAACGAAGAGCAUCAGGAAUUCAGCGCUCCCUAUACCAUAAUCAGGCAGUACUAGCAUUAGCUCACUGUGAGAGCAGUUCUCCAGAGAGUUUUGUCAAAGAUUCCAGCUCAGAGGAUCAGCAGACGUUAAAGUGUGAAAACAGUGAAAUUAUCAAAACCUCACCAACUUCACCUUCCACCCAAAUGGCAGCAUUAUCUCUUCAUUGUGAUUUACCAUUCACCUCUUCAACUCAGGAUAUUGAAACUCAGGCAGAACAACGGAAGCAGAGAGCCAAUAGAAAAAACCGAAGACGUUCAUCCAGGCUAAGCAUAGGGGCAGCUUCACCAAGUAGAUCCAGUGAUCGCAUCAACUCCAACUUGGGUUCAUACUGGGAUACUGCAUCACCAAAAGUGUCAUCUGAUCCUCCCAGACUUACAUCAGGUGCUUCAGAGGGCUUACAUGUUACCUCUGAAUCUGCUUCACAAAUUACGGAUAUGCCACAUUCUGAAAUCAUUGCACAGACAACAGAUAGUAGUGGAAGAGAUGUUCUUUUAGUGUCUCCCAUAAAUUUGCACAAUCAGAAGAUUAAUAUAGAACCAUUACGGGAAGAAAACAUUUCUUCAGUCAUUAGUCAAGGAGGUACUACUGACGCUCCCACAUCUAAUACAAAUUCUGCUAGUGGUUCAGUUUUCAUGGCAAAUUUACCAGAUAUACUGGAAGAUGAUCAUAUUUCUGCACAAGCUAAUAAAGAUGAUACAGGAAAUCAUGCUCCAGAGGACUGCAGUUUUACUGACCAUCGCACUCCCAGAAAGAAAGAAGAAUGUAUCUGGGAUAUGUUUAGACCGAAGCCAGAACAAAAGUCCAAACAGGAAUCUACAAAAAAUCCUUUACAAAUAACUUCAAGGGGAAACAAGUCUCCAGAGUGCAGUACAAGUGAAGGUGUUUCAAGCAGUGUGAAGAGAAAUAAUGGUAAAACAAAGUCUUUGCAGAAAGGCCCAAAAAGAAAAGAUUUGAUGCUGAAGACUCCUACUUCAAUUUUAGACUUUCCACAUGGUGAGCCAGAAGUCCAGGGUAGUGACCAUGUGUCUUCCACUGCAGCUGGUUCCUCUAAUGUGAGUCAACAACACUUCCUGCAUGAUAAGAACACAGCUAUUCUUUGGGAUUCACCUGUCAUCAGUGGGAUGUUUGAGGGGAAAACAUGUAUUCGUUUUGGCAAAGUGUAUCACAAUAAGGAGGCUGUUGCUUCCAGCCCCGAUACUACCUCUUCAAAAUGCCAGCCAGUAUUAAAUACGCAAACUGUAUCUUCAGUUAUACCUGCAGCAAAAUUACCAUCUCUUAAGGAAGACCAAUCAGAGCAGCUUCAGUUGAAAGAACAAAGCCAACCACAAGAAAAUUUGGAAGGUUAUCGGUGAGGAAUGUCUAAGAGCUAGCGUAUAUGUACUUUUUUCUUUUUGUAGAACUGUAAAAAAAAAUUAUUAAUUUAUCAUAUAAUAUUGAACUGUACAGAGGCAAUAUUUUUGAUAUUUGUGCUGAUAGAGAGUCAAAGGUAAAUUUUACCAUUGUAUCAAUCAUAUUGUUAUAUGCUUUACAGUUUAAUGUGCCUUGUUACUCCCCCCCCCCUUCUUAUUCAUCAUCAUCAGCAUUAUUUGUAAUUUGAUUGUCAUUCAGUUCCAUUGUCAUUUUUCUCUCUGUCAUCAUUAUCAUCAUAUAAUUAUUGAUUUUAUUUUUUUUUUUUUAUUAUUAUUAUCAUUACUACUACUACUAUUACCAUUGCUAUUAUCAUUAUCAAUAUUAUUAUUGUUGUUAUUAUGAUUAUACUUUUCUUGCUGAUAGUAUCAGGAGCAUUGAUUUCACUAUUCUUAUAAUUCUCUUUACUAUUAUAAGCCCUUUACGCUGUACAGUCUGUCAAUGAGGCCAACCUAAACAGCAGGCGCUCUUUAGCUAGCCUUUACCCAGUCUCUUCCGAGGUGGUUUUCAUGGAUUCCCUCGUCUACCACUACUGCUGCUGCUCCAACUCGUACUAUCCUGUUGCUAGACUGCAUGCGCCUUCUGCUCUUGUGUCCCUAUCUGUUUUCAUUGCCUUCAUAAUCAUUACCUUUAUUGUCAUAAUCAUCUUGAAGUUAUUGGCUUUUUUUUUUCAUCCUUUUUUUUUAUUAUUAUUAUUAUUAUUAUUAUUAUUUCUUUCGUUUUUCAAGAUUUUGAAAUCAAUAAAUGUUCAUAAUGAGUCUAUCUCUGUCACAAAACAUUUUUACAGCAUCAUCUGUUAUUACUUUAAGUUUCUUGCAUGUUUACAUAACCAAGAUGAUAGUAUUUAUUCCAUAAUACAGUCAUUCUUAAAUAUUGCAAAUUUCUCUUAGACGUUUUGUGAAAAAUGUACAUAGAUUUUUGUAACAAAGAAAAGAGAGGGUCUGUUUGCAAAAAACGAUUAUUUGAACAUUGGCAAAAGUGAAUAAAAGAGAAGUUGCUCCA